CCUAUGUAUGGGUUAAUCUCCCGACCUUCGAACGGGAUUUCAUGAAUCGAUUUGAUUAUGUUCACCCCAAGCAAGCGCUGUAGAUGAUCAAGGACCGAGUGCAAAAACCUCUUGAAUCCGUUGCAGAAUAUCAGAACCGGUUCUACAGAAUGUUUGUGAAAACUGAGCGAGGUGAGCAAGUAAGGAGAGAUCUGUUCAUUGAUGGGCUUCGCAGCCGAACAAUAAGGGAAAAGUUGCGAAAGCAAUUUUCCCCCAUCACUCACACGCUACAACAAAUCAUGGCUGUUGCGAAAGAAAUGGAAUGGAAGUUCGCGACGAACUUCCUGGAAGGAGAAGAUUAUCUUAGAGAAGGAGAUUCGACCAAGCUCGCACGAGCGAAAGCUGAGCUGGCUGCAUUACAGAACAAGUUUGAAAAUAUGGGGUUUGUAUCAAGACCGGUCACCUAUAUGGAACAGAUAGGCCCCAAACGACUGACCCUAAGUGAGAUUCUGAGCACCUCCGCUCCUGUGAUACCCACACCCGUAAGGGCGUUACCCCCGCCACCAAUUGAGGCUCCCUUACGAUGGAGCGAAUCAACGGCCAUAUUCGAAGUAACCAAAACAUUAAUAAGUCUAAUCCAGGAAAGCAAGAAGGAGCAGCGAGAGCACAAUGCUCGGCUAGAAGCCAUGAUGAGGAACAUGUGGCCCAUUGCGGUGCGCGCCCCUCCGAUGCAGCAAGGAUUAGCCCCGACACCUGCUCUCGGGGGAGCCGCGAACAAUCUGAAUGUCUGUUAUGCCUGUCAUCAGCCAGGACAUCUAGCCCGUGAUUGCCCCCACCGACCCCCGCAACCGCGGAUCGGGGCAGCGCCGAUGGCCGCGGCCCCCAUCGCUAAUGGACCAGAACGAGUCGGAGCUUUAAUGAAAGAAGUAGAGGGUGGGGGAAGUGCCCUAGCCACCACGGAAGAGGCUGCCGAGCUAAUCCCGUUAGAUCAGUACGUAUCACUUGGUUAUCCCAGGCUUGGAAUGAUCAGAACGAUCAGACCAGCACAAGAACUGAAAGAGGUGGCAGAGAAGCGACCUUUUCCAGGAGAGAUGGAGUCGGGGGGACCCACCUUCGUCACUGGGGAAAUCGAUGUGCGAGCCUUCUUGGGGUUGGCGUCGUACUAUCGUCGGUUCAUCAAGGGCUUCGCCGCGAUUGCGCGACCGUUAACGAACCUGCUACAGAAGGACCAGCCUCUCAGCUGGGACGCGGAGUGCCAACAAGCUUUCGCAACUCUCAAGGAUGCCUCGGCGACGGCCCCUAUUUUGAUGCGGGCGGACCCCUCAAAACAGUUCAUUCUCAUCACGGACUGGCAACCAGAAGCUAUCUCCGCUAGUUUAGCGCAGAAGGGGAACGAUGGUCGUGAACACCUCAUCGAAUACGCGUCACGCACGGUACCGGACGAGCAAAAGAAUGACUCAGCACCUCAAGGCGAAUGCUAUGCAGUAGUCUGGGGAAUCCAGUACUUCCAUCCGUAUCUCUACGGACAAAAGUUUCGCCUCGUAACAGAUCACGAACUCUUGCUGGCGCUGAAGAAGCUCACCAAUUACACGGACAUGAUUGGCCGUUGGGCGGUGCCACUACAAGAAUACCACUUCGAUAUCGUCCAUCGAAAGACAGAGCGACACGGCAACGCGGACGGACUGACCCGUCUGCAUCGACCUGCCAAGGUGCAGCGGCCCCAUCUCUGCUCUGAUCUCCUCCGGUUUGCAGCUUUCUUCAGUACGUCUGCGAUCUACGUGGCGGCAGUGUUUCGAUUCACGGAAGAGGCAACUACGCGCGUUCUGGCCGAGAUCUCGGCCUCUCGACGGCUAUCCCUUCCUGGGAUUAGCCAUAUCGUCGUCGUCGUCGUCGUCGUCUUUACAGGAGAUAUCACAGCAAUUCCGUCGGAGAUUCAUUCCGACAUCUAUCGGACGUUGCGCACCUGGGCUGGAGAAGUGUGGACAGCGUGGACCGAUCUCCUGGCUCGACGAGGGGAUACCAUCGUGUCGGCGCAUGACACGGACCUCCAGCUCCGCUCGUCUCAAAACUCGCCAGCGAUCAUCGACGUUACCGAUCUCACGUUUUGGGAUCCGAUUGCGAGGAUAAACGCGGCGCCGGACGAGGAGAUAGGGGAAGCAAACGAAGAGGAGGAAGAGGCGGAACGAGACGAGGAAGAAGAAGAAGGAAACAAGCAAGCGGAGUCGGAGUACGAAGGAUUCGAGGCUGAGGUGCGUGACGCGGCUCGAGAACGAUCGCAAGAGCAAAGGAAACGAAAGCGCCUGGAGACCGCGGAGGGAGAACGACCCACGACAAACGUUUCCCCUGUCGAUCCGUCGAUCGGGGACCCGUGGCGUGAUCCAGAGCCGCCAGAAGAAGAAGACGAUGGAACCGCAGCAGAGGGAUCACGAAGCAGAAGAAGAAGAAGUGAAUCGCCAGCUCCCUUCGGCUCCCCGUCCCAAUCCUCCAUUCGUCUACAUCAAGAUCUCGGCGUUCGGGCUUCGUCCUCGGUCGUUCUCUCGCCGACCCCGUGACUACAUCAUGCUUACCCGUCUUCCCGAUAGACCCCCGUUCCCCGAUGGUUGGUGUCCUUUUCCCCAUCACCUCUUCUACCAUCUCUACGCUACCCGCCUUCUAGUCUCCAUUUAUCCGCAUGCCACCACCCG